CGCCGGAGCUCAGAGGUGCGCACGCUGCAUUUUAAUUUUUUUUCCUUUUUUCUUUUGUCUUUUCUUACAUUUGCUAGUACGUAUUUUUUGUAGAAUCUCAGUAUCUCACGGUUCUCACCCAUCUUGUUUCUCCUUGGUGUCUUGGUGAACACAGGAAUGCCGCUGCUGUUAUGGCUUUUUCUGCUCGGGUUAUCAAUUUGGUUAACUCCUGUGCUUGCCUUGCCUCCGAAUCCGCAACGUUCGUGCAAGUUCCAAGUAACAACCCUUGCAGCUGUAUCGUGUAGCGAGUCUCCUAUCUCCCCAACAGCUUCAUGCUGCGAGGCUCUGAUAUACGCGAUAGAUAGCAGUCCCGAUUCUGAGUUGGAUAGAGGCAUAUGUUGUCUGUGUGAAUACAUUCUCGCACAGACUCUUCCUUUCGAUCUUGCCUACACAUACCGUGCGUGCCGGGGAAAAGACGCGUCCGAAGUUGAGGCAUUCUUUUCUUCUCCGCCGGUACCAUUUACUUGCAAGGUACCGUGUUACCACGAUGAUAACAAGCCUUCACCUCCUGCCAAGGAAGCUAACAAAGGGACAAAGCUAAGCUCGCCGGCCAUCGCUGGCAUAGUAAUUGGAGGGUUAGUGUUAAUUGGGUUUGUAGGAGCUUGGGUCUACUACAAGUUUUUUAGCCCAUCUGCCAAGGCUAGGGGAUCGCCUAACCCCAGCGACGACUCGUCUCGAGGUAUAGAGUUGCCGCCACAAUCAGCACGCUUCUCAUCGGCGCGGAACUCUACUUCAAAUCUACUUGAGACAUGAGUUUAGUUUCAUUGUGCUAGGAUGUCUCUUCUAUUCUAGUCGUUGUGCUAGGUUGUAAUAUUUGUAGUAGUUUGUUUAAUGCUAAGUAGUAGUACUACCGUAUACUGACUCCAGUUGAC